AUGCCCUGGCUUCCGAGCUGCCUUGUGAACAGCCGUGUGCGAAGGGCGAGGGCUGAUGCUCCAGCUAGCGUGUCGUCCUUUGAAGCGAACGCCGCUGACCGAUUCCGCGUCCCACGCUGUUUUAGAAUGGAGAGCUGGAUCAACAGCCUUCGCCAGUCAGUGACCCCGCAGCGGCCCCGCGUCCGCACCAAGGGCCGCCUGUGCCGGCCGAGUCUGAAAACGCCCAGCAGGCCCCUGCUGCGGACACACGCGCGCGUCUCCCGGUCGCCUGUGACCAGACGCGACAGGACGCCGCCCUUCGUGAGCAGGCGCGCCUGCCAGCCCACCGCACGGACCCCGCGAGUCGACACAGCCCGUCGCAAGAGCAACCGACGGCGCUGGACGCCUCCGCAAGUGGUUCUUCCGGGAGACGCUACGGACCCCCCCGAGCAUAACAUUUCCAGAUGCUUGAGGUCUUCCUCGCGUAUUCGCGCUGCAAAUGGUCGGAAUCUAAGUGUGGAAAGCGGCGCGACGUCACUGAAAUUGGUUCAGCAAAGCGUCUCUUCCCCCAUCGCAAUCACUUUCAAGAACAAAAACCUUGAUCUGGAACUGAUAGAGGCGCUCUGCAAGGCUGACCUCAAAGCUAUGCUAAACGCUUUGCCCAAAACCACAGGGCCGUCGAUGGAGGCGGCGCUGAUGGCGGCCACUCAGCGCGCGCAGCCGGCGCUGGUGGCGGCGUUGUGGCGGCGGGCGCAGACCCCGAGGCGCCGACCGCGCGCGCGGCCGACGAGGAGCGGCCCCCCCGGCAGGCGCUGGGGCACUACGCCGCUGGCGGACGGGGCCGGCGUGCGCUGCGCAGACGUGCUGCUGCGCGCGGGCGCCUACGUGGACGUGACGACGCGACGGGCUGACGCCGCUGCAUACGGCCGCGCUGCACGACUGCGCAGACUGCGCGCUGCUGCUGCUCAACGCCGGCCGCGGACUUCGGCGCUGUGGACGCGGCCCGGCGCACGCCGGCGGAUUACGGAGGCGCGGCUUCGCCCUGGGCGCUCGACGCCUUCUUCCGCAGGCCCUACAUCUAACUAG